UUGUAUAUUGUACAACUUUGUACACUGUAAUUUAUUUUCUUUUGAUAUUUAUAAAAGAAAUAUAAGAACUUUGAGAUCCCUACUUUCUAAUUAUAAACAUUAAACUAAAAAAAAAGAAUUAGUGGCAAAAAAAUUGUCUACAAAGGAAAUUAAACCACAUAUAUGAAAAAUAUGCCGGUUGAAUUAAAUAGUUUAACUGAAGGAUGGCUCGAAUUAGAAAGUGAUCCGGGACUGUUUACUUUACUAUUGGAAGAUUUUGGUGUAAAGGGAGUUCAAGUGGAAGAAAUUUAUGACUUACAUAAGCCUUUGGAAAGUCCUGUGUAUGGAUUUAUAUUUUUAUUCAGAUGGAUAGAGGAGAGGCGUUCGCGUCGAAAAUUUGUAGAACAAAUAGAAAGUUUCGUACGUGAUGAAGAGACAAUCAAUAACAUAUUUUUUGCACAGCAGAUGGUCCCCAACAGUUGCGCAACACAUGCGCUUCUUUCUAUUUUAUUAAAUUGUCCUAAUCUUCACUUAGGUGAAACUCUAAGCAGGCUAAAGCAUCAUACAUUAGGUAUGAAUCCAGAAAAUAAAGGUUGGGCGAUAGGCAACACUCCUGAGUUAGCUUGUGCACACAACUCUCAUGCCAUCCCACAAGCUAGAAAAAAAGCUGAUAAAAACGCUGGUGUCUCCACUGGACGAUUUACAGGUGAGGCUUACCAUUUUGUAAGUUUUGUACCCAUCAAUGGUCAUUUGUUUGAAUUGGAUGGUCUGAAGCCAUAUCCCACUGAUCAUGGUCCUUGGGCGAAUGAUGAGGAUUGGACUGACAAAUUUCGAAGAGUAAUGGCAGAGAGACUUGGUAGAGAUGCUGGUGAACAGGUGCAUGACAUCAGAUUCAACUUAAUGGCAGUUGUUCCCGAUAGACGUAUAGCUCUAACACAAAAGUUACAAUCACUUGAAAUGAAUCAGAAGAGGGUGAAGGAAGCUAUAUCAAAGAUAAGUAAACAUUUGCGACAUUUGUUGAGCAAAAACAGAGAGUUGAACGAAGAUGCUGCAUCACAAGUGAGUAGUGAUAGCUCCUUGAUAGAUACAAUACAGAUAACGGAGGAGGCAAUACUGAAUGCAAUAGAAUCAUCCCAGGCCCAGACAUUCGACAUUGACUACACUCAUCCUAUCACUAUUGAAAUUGGAGCUUCAGAUAGACCACAGCAGGAUAAUAGCUUGGCAUUAGUGGAUCCAGUUGAGCAAGGUGACACUGUUAAGUUUGUAACUUUGAACAGGGAGUGUCAGAUCUUAGAUGAUAUAUAUCCCACAUCGUGUUCAGCGCUGGUGCGCAGUAAUGACAUGGCUGUGCUGGUGUACUGCGAGGGCACGGCAGCCGAGCUGCCAUUCCGCCUGAAGAAGCUUUUGCUGACGCAGCCCGAGCUGGCGCUGCUCAUGAACAACAUCCUGGCUGAGGUGCACGCCUGCCAGCAAGCACUCAAUGAUGAGAACGAUAAGCGAGAUAUGUAUAAGUUGUAA